CAGACGCCCUGCUGUAAUAAGUUCUACAAAUGUCGAUUUUGCCACGAUGAAAAUGAAACGCAUCAUUUCGAUCGCAAAACUCUAACGGAACUGAUCUGUUCAGAAUGUAAUACUAGGCAAAAGGUGCAAGAACGUUGUCAAAAUUGUGGCAUACGUUUUGGAAAGUACACCUGCUUGAUCUGCAAUCUUUUUGAUGAUUCCAAUAAACGUCAAUAUCACUGCGAUCAGUGUGGCAUUUGUCGCAUUGGUGGUAGAGAGAAUUUCUUUCACUGUAAAGUCUGCAAUAUGUGUUUACCCAUACAAUUGAAAAUUGAUGGCCACAGGUGCGUAGAAAAUAUAUCACGUUCUCACUGCCCAGUGUGCUUGGGCGAUAUACAUACCUCACGCAUUCCAUGUCACAUUCCUGACUGCGGUCAUCUACUGCAUAAAAUGUGUUUUGAUCAGCUAUUAACCUCUGGCCAUUAUACCUGUCCCACAUGUCAGACAUCACUAAUAGAUAUGACAGCUUUAUGGGAAUAUUUGGAUGCACAGGCUGAAUUAAUGCCCAUACCUAAGAAAUAUGAAAAUCAAAGAAUACAUAUAUUUUGUAAUGAUUGUCAUAAGACUUCCAAAACAAAAUUCCAUUUUAUUGGUUUAAAAUGUGUUAACUGUGGCGCUUACAAUACUACACAGGAUGUUAAGAGACGCAUGUCUCUGGUAACAGAUGAAUCCACGUCUGCAUGACAUUUGGUGUUUUCAAAAGCUUCUGUACUAAAGACGUCUACAAUGCAUAAAUUGAAAAAUUUAAUAUUUAGUUUAUUCGAAAAUAUAUUCUAAAUUUGUUUUUUUUUUUCUACACAGAUUACUUGCCACUUCUUUUUACAAGAAUUUAAAGAAAUUGUUUUACUAUGAAGAAUAUAGUUUUAGGUUUAAAAAGCUGUAGAUGGAGAAAAAUACCAACCACCUUGAACUAAAUUUUUUUUAAGAAAUUAAGUAAAGAAAAUUUUAAAACUAAAAUGUUCCUUUUUCUUUGCGUAUAUAAGGAAAACUUUGACAAAAUUUAUUGCAUUUAUAUUUUAGAAAAAAUAAAUCUAAAAGCUGAUUUCGAGCUGGUAUCGAAUAGAAAUGUAUUUUCUAGUUAAAUUGUAGGGAAAUAAAUUUGAAUACUAAUUUGUUAAAGCCCUUUUAAAAGAAUUUAAUUAAUAUUUGAAAAACUACAGCCCUAAUCUGUAGAAUGGGUAUUAAAAAUUAUAAUAAAUUAUAUUCGAAAGCAUUUAGAAUGAAAUACUGCAAUAACAACUUUAUUUUAGAACUUUAACAGAAUAGGGCUGUUUAUUAAUUAUACUAAAUUUGUAUCUCAAGUACAUAUUAUGUUAUUGUGGCAAAAUUUUUAUAAUUAUUUUUUUUUUUCAAACCCAAAUGAUUGUGUUAAAAUAAAAGUAUUGUAUUGAGUGCCUAAAGACUAGUUUUAAUUAAACAAUAAAUUAUACAUAUUUUUUUUUCCAAAAGCAAA